UGUCAUUGUGUGAUAGUGAGAAAGGUAAUCUCGACUGCUGAUGAAAUGUGCCGUUGUCAAGAAAUUCCAAUUUGUGUUGAGCGACUGUCGCUGCUUCUUGGUGCUAGAAAGGUAUCGAUUUCGUUUACACAUACCUUGACGCCCACUAUCCGCUGUACAUACCAGGGCCAAUGGCUUCGAGGCAUGCGACACGGUUAUGGAGUGAGGCAGAGUGUUCCCUAUGGCCUUGCCUCCCAUUAUCGCCCCAAAAUGCGUGCUUCGUUAACCUCCCUUCGCAGCGAAAACGAAGACGAACUUGUUGUCAAAAACAGGGACAAGAAAUUGGACGAAAGUCGAGGCGGGUUCGUUCUCAAAGCAAAAAGUGACGAAACCCCUCCAACGAGAAGGCGUUCAAUUUUAGAUAAACGUUCAAGUCUCAAGAAAUCGGUUUUCAGCAGGAUCAAAAUCAGGAAACAAAAGAGUACAGGUGACAUCAACGAUUCGUCGCCAAAACGGCCCGGCACCGGGUCAGUUCGGAGUACAAUCAGUAGCUUAAGCCAUGCCAGUGUGGACUCAACGCAAUCAGGGCUUACCAACGCCUCCAUGUACACUGACAGUAAUCUUAGUUUUGUUAGUCAAGAUGACAUCACGGACGUUAACGUUACGGAGUCCUAUAUGGGAGAGUGGAAAAACGACAAGAGAUCUGGAUUUGGAGUGAGUCAAAGAUCCGACGGCUUAAAAUAUGAAGGCGAGUGGUUUAACAACAAGAAAUACGGUUACGGUGUGACUACGUUCAAAGAUGGCACCCGCGAAGAAGGAAAGUAUAAAAACAACGUUUUAAUAUCAUCAGGAAAGAAGCAUAAGUUAUUUCUAAUUCGGACCUCAAAACUAAAAGAAAGAGUCGAAAAUGCAGUGGUAUCAGCGCAGAGAGGGGCGCAAAUUGCCUUACAGAAAGCGGACAUCGCCCUUACCAGAAUGGCAAACGCACGCGCCAAGGCCGAACAAGCAGACCAAUCCGCCAUUAAAGCAGAGCAAGACUCCGAUCACGCGCGGAUCAAAGCGAAAGAAUACGCCCCAGAGUUUCACCAGCCAGGCACUGAUAUAAUGAAGAAAAAGUUGUUAGAACAGACAAAUGGCAAUGGUGAAUACAGCAAUGACGAGUACGACUACGGCACCGACAAGCUUGUACCGAACCACAACCCUCACAACCGCUCCAGUAGGUCCAUGAUGAUGCACAAAUCCGACAUGGACGAGCUGGACCGUCCCCCGGGCUCUGUUCCUUUCUCUGGAUUAUUUCCUAUGAACGAAGUGUCGCCUGACGGCAGUCCGAUUCGCAGUAUUAAUACGUCGGAAAUGAACCACCUUAACGUAGAAGGAUUCAAUAGUUCACCUGGGAAUAACGUUCCAAAUCAUUCGCCUCAUAGCCGGAGUCCGUCAUCCCUGAAGAUCAGGAGGUAUAGUUUCCUUGCAGGUUCAAGGCGUGGACGAGGGUUCAGUGAGAUUUUUAACUCAACUAUUCUCAAUGACCACUUCGACCAGUACACUGCUCAACAGAACGAAACCGAGGGUCACAUGACGGAAACUCGUUUACAAGGAAACCAUAUCAGUACUCCGCCCCGAUGCGAGGAGGUUUCUAAAAAGUCACAGGAAACUGAUAACGACAAACACUUAGUAAGGAGAAGCACUAUGCCAAGUAUAGUUAAAGAGAACGAUAUUUCCAAAUCUGGUUUAAAGGAAACUGCGCAUAGCAGUGAAAAUGUGAGAAACCCUGAAACUUUUAUCAUUGAAAAUGGAAUACGAAAGCGAGUGACGGGUGUGAAUGCAGCGCCAACUCCUUCAAAGUCGAAAGGAAACCUUCCAAAUGAAUUCCAAAUAGAGAGCCAAAAUAGCUUGACUCGAUCUGGUGGUAAUCGUGGUAGUCUUCCAGACAUUGCAGCAAUGAAACAGAAGGACAAAAUCAAACCAAUGUCGAGAGAAGAAGCCUUCAAACUGAGCUCGAAAAGGCGAGAGGAGUUGCGAAAACUACAAGAGCUUGCUGAACGCAGAAGACAAGGGGAUGUAACCGUGAUUCUUGGAGAUCUUCGAGUAAGAUUUCGUACAACAACGCCAGCUAUUAGUUCUAGUUAUAGCGCUGAAUCUGAGUCUUGCUGGAAUGUUUUUCAACCUCCUCUCUUGAUGAUGCGGAAAUCAGAAUUAGGAUUUCGGUUCUUUGAAAGUGCUAAGCACACCUAUGCGGGGUCGGGCUCGAUGUGCAAGAAAAUGGGAAUCUUUGACAAGGUUCGACCAAAAAUGAACAUAUUCAGUAAAGCAACACAUGAUGCCGAGGCCGCACUUACUAAAGACUGUGUUCACCUGCUUUUCCUUCUUGGAACUCUGUGUGGAAUGACCAUUGUGAGUUUUGAACAACAAAUUCCAAGUGGUUUUGGUAUCAUCUACGCGACAUUUAAAGAUCUCCAUAUUUUGUUACCAGCCAAAAUGACUGAUGUCCAAAACUCAAAACCAGAAGUUCAUGGAGAUUCACAGAUUGACAUAGAAUCAAAUCACCAAACUGCUGGAAAUGACACAGAAAAUUCGAGUUCUCAGCACCCUUCAUCCAGCCACGCAGGACCGAGCAACACUACAGAGCAGCUCACACUGGCAAACUUAUCUGGAAAGGCCAGGAGAGCCCUCAUUAGGAAAGAAAAAUACAAGGAACUUAAGAGAAAAAACAAAGGCUUGACAAACAACCCUAAUCCCGGAUACAGCAUCUUUAGUGAAACAGAAUACUACUUUGAAAAUGGAUUAAGGAAAGUCUAUCCCUAUUUCUAUGCUUUCUCCACAUUUGUCAAAGGUCGAUGGUUUAAACGAACACUGUACGAUAUCUUUACUACAGAGUUUUCCUUGGCCAAGGAAUAUGAUGUGGAAACUUUGGUGAAAGAAGGUCACAUAACUGUGAAUGGUAAAGCUGUUUCACUAGACUAUAAGAUCAAGCAGGGAGACAUUGUAGAAAACAACAUACACAGGCAUGAAAACCCAGUAACAGGGGAAAGAAUUGAGGUGAUUGAGGAUAACAAGGAUUUAAUCGUAGUUAACAAGCCCUCGUCCAUUCCCUGCCAUCCCUGUGGAGGUUAUCGUUAUAAUUCCAUGAUUUUUAUCCUCGGCAAGGAACUUGGAUAUGCCAAUCUGAGAACGGCAUACAGACUGGAUCGUCUGACGUCGGGCGUACUGUUUUUCACGAAGAAUGAAGCAGCGACCAGGAAGUAUAUUGAUGACAUCACUAACCGUAACGUGGAGAAGGUAUACGUCUGUCGAGUAGAGGGAGAGUUCCCAGAAGGGGAGGUGGUAUGUGAGCAGCCUAUUGCCAAAGUGAGCUCUAAGCUCGGAAUCAUGAGGUGUGGAGAGGACGGGAAACCCUCAAAGACGACCUUCACCCGCCUCAGCUUCAAUGGGAAAACCAGUGUGGUUCAAUGUAAACCUCACACAGGUCGCACUCACCAAAUCAGGGUACAUUUGCAAUAUCUCGGUUUCCCUAUUGUCAAUGACCCAUGUUACAACAGCCUUUGUUUUGGUCCAGAAAAAGGCAAAGGUGGAAACUAUCAGCUGACAGACGAACAGAUCCAUAAAUUAAAGGAACAGGAACACAACAAGGAAAUGUGGACUGUUAAAGGGGAUAACCUGGACUAUCCAAAGAGGAUCCAAGAGCUGAGGAAAGAAGAGAAAGGAAAAGAUUCCGAGGAUCUGAACGAUGUUUCCCAGGAUCCAGAACCUGACUCCAAAAGGACUAAGUUUGAUUCUGAUGUGAAAAGUGACACCGCCUCAGUAGAAUCUUUUACUUCAGACUGUGAUGUGCCCUCUAGUGUUCAGACUCAUGGUGAGCAGAGGUUGACCAUGGAUGGAAAACCUCAGCCUCCAUUUCAGUGGGAGAAAUGGUUCCCCUCUGAAUCCUGUCCACAGUGUAAGAAGCAGUAUCUAGAUCCCAAGCCAAGUCAGCUCAGACUCUACCUGCAUGCCCUCAGCUACAAGGGCCCUGAUUGGCAUUACCAGACCUCAAUGCCCCGCUGGGCUGAACCAGACUGGGAAGAUGACACUGAUACCUGAGGACAGAUAGAGAGCGAUUAUUCUUUUUUACCAACUAAUAAAAUUUUAUUAAAUAAGA